GACGGAUACAUGAUUACGAGCUCAUGAACGUCACAGAGUAGGUUGCCCUUUCGCACAUACCUUUGUUGUAUUUCACUUAAACAGCAGACAUGUUUUGGAGAAACUUAAGUUUAACUCGAGCAGCAGUGACUUUCUUUUCCUUACCGCCCCGACAAGCUUUGGGUCUCUGCAGCAGCCGAACCGGAGGGUGCUUAAUUCCGAGCCGGGAGAGCUCCGGGACCCGAUACAAUGUUCCACCGAGCGCAGAGUUUGUUGCACGGGUGUCUGGGAUCUCCACCAUGGCCAAGUUACCUUAUCGUGAGACGGCCGACGGGCUGGACGCGGCGUUCGUUGGGGUUCCGAUUGAUAGUGGGACUUCGAACCGGCCAGGAGCAAGGUUUGGUCCACGACAGAUCAGAGCAGAGUCUGCCUUGCUAAGGGCUUACAACAGUGGCACCAGGGCAGCGCCUUUCGAGUCAGUGAUGGUUGCUGACAUCGGGGACGUAAACGUUAACUUGUACGAUUUGAAAGACACCUGCAAGCGCAUCACGGAGGCCUACAGAAAAAUACUGGCCACUGGCUGUAUACCUCUGACUAUGGGUGGCGAUCACUCUAUUACGUACCCAAUACUGCAAGCUGUUGCAGAGAAGCAUGGCCCGGUGGGUUUAGUUCAUGUGGACGCUCAUGCGGACACCAGUGACGUGGUUCUGGGGGAGAGGAUCAGCCACGGGACCCCGUUCAGACGCUGUGUAGAGGAGGGGCUCCUGGACUGCCGGCGGGUGGUUCAGAUCGGCCUGCGGGGGAGCGGGUACUCAGCGGACGCGUACAAAUGGAGUCGGGCUCAGGGUUUUCGUGUGGUCCAGGUGGAAGAGUGUUGGUUCACGUCUCUCUCGCCUCUGAUGUCUGAAGUGAGGGCUCAGAUGGGCGAUGGCCCGGUCUACCUCAGUUUUGAUAUUGACGCUCUUGAUCCAGGUUUUGCUCCCGGAACAGGAACACCGGAGAUAGCAGGACUCACUCCCAUACAGGGAGUUGAGAUUAUCCGAGGCUGUCGGGGUCUUAACCUUGUCGGAUGUGAUCUCGUGGAAGUUUCUCCACCUUAUGACACUACAGGAAACACCGCCUUGACUGGGGCCAACCUCCUUUUUGAAAUGUUAUGUGUUCUACCAAAAAUAAAAUACUACUGACCUGGAUGUAAUAUUUGAUGCUACUUUUAAAAUUUUUUAAAUGUCAUCAAGGUUAACUUGAGGUUAACAGCUAUGUUUUAAAAAUACAUUUUCAUUUCCGGUCCAUUUUUAUUCCAAUUGUAAUUAAAUGUUGUACUUUGAUAAUUACAUAUAUUAGCAAUUUAAGAUGAGCUGAAGCUAUUUCUCCUGUAAAGAACCUUAAGGUGACUUUUGCUGGGAAAUGACUAAUAAAAUAAACUAAACUGGAGUUAAAAGAGA